AUGUCGCUCGGCCACAACGCCUGGCCACCGGGCAAUAUCCGACCUCCCGAUGAGACCCAGGACUCGCCGCGCCCCGUCAAUGGCUUGGUUAAGACAUUGUCCGGCUCGCGCACUCCCCAGGUACGCGGUUCCAUCAGCGACGGGCCGAACGCCGGGAGCGCCAUGUCGGAGGCCGAUAUCGCGGUCGAGGAAGACCCGCGCAUUGCACAAUUUCGCGACCUGUAUCGCAACAGCGAGGCGAAAAUCAACACCCUCUUUUCCGGCCUCUAUGCCGCCGACGAAUCGGCUGGCGGUGCCGCGGUCGCGGAGGUAGAACAGCCCGAUAGUCAACCCGAACGCGUCGAUGCGCCGGCAUCCCCAUCCGCGCCUCCGAAGAAACCUGCCCGCAAGCUCGACGAUGACUAUGACGACUACGAUGAGGACGACGAUACGGAGAUGCCCGAUUCCACGGAGUCUCCGUUGAAAGCGAAAUCCGCAGCGCUGUCGCUGGACGUUGCGCCGCAGGAGAAGCAACCCGAUGCUACUACGUCUGCUGCUGAGGACGGUGCUAAGGAGCCAAAGAAGGAAACCACGGAGGAGCUUCGGAAGCAGCUCGAGGAAGACAAGAAAGCGACAGAAGAGGCCGCUAAACGGAGCUUCCACACACUCUUCUAUACCCUCGAGAACGAUCGCGAUGCCAUGUUGGAUCAACAGCGAUUGGAGGAGUCUGAGCGACAGGUCGAGGCGGAGAUGUCCAACCAGGCCAGCGCCGGUGGCAAUAAUUCCGCGGGCGGUUCCAGUGGAUAUGGUUCGUUGAGCAAUGCCAAUCUCGGAGCUUCCAGCUUGACGUUGAAGAAUCUCAUCGCCCGCAUUGACUCAAAAAGAGACAUGGUCCGCGCGUCGGAUGCUGAGCUCCGGAGCCUGCUGAGCGAGGUGCGCAAGAAUCGCAGCAAAUGGGCUAGCGAAGACAAGGUCGGCCAGGAAGAGCUCUAUGAAGCGGCAGAAAAGGUCCUCAGCGAGCUCAAGGCCAUGACGGAGCACUCGACGGCUUUCUUGACUCGGGUCAACAAACGUGAUGCGCCUGACUACUACAACAUUAUCAAACACCCGAUGGAUCUUGGAACGAUGACCAAGAAGCUCAAGGCAUUGCAGUACAGGUCGAAGCAGGAUUUUGUCGACGACCUCUCCCUGAUCUGGUCGAAUUGUCUCAAGUACAACACGAACCCUGAACAUUUGUUACGGAAGCAUGCAUUAUACUUGCGCAAGGAGACCGACAAGCUUGUCCCUCUCAUUCCAGAUAUCGUUAUCAGGGAUCGUGCCGAAGUCGAAGCCGAAGAGCGUCGACUCCAACUUGCCGACGAUGGGGCAGAGGAAAGCGACGAUGAACCUAUAAUGUCCUCGCGUGGCAGGAAAGCUCCUGGCAAGAAGACUUCUAAGAAAGGCACCGCACCUGUUCAAAACACCCCCAGUGGCUCUGAGGGUCCUUCCGGGGCGCCUACCACUCAGCCACCCGCACUCGUGCGAGCUGAUUCCGACACAGCCAUGGAGUCUUCUCAGAAUGGCUUUUCGACUCCACCUCCGGGGUCACACACACCUUCUGAUCCUGCUGGUGCAGCUGCCGGUACAACAGCAAGCCAAGCCGACGCAAUGGAAAUCGACGGGCCUUCAAUGCCAUCAACAACCGCGCUCAGCGCCCUGGACGUGUCUGGCGCCGAACUCGACGAUCCUGAGUACAAGGUGUGGAAGCAAGUGACGAAAAAGGAUCGAGCACUCAUUGCGGCAGAGCGGCAUCGUCUCUUCAAGGGGGACAAGUUGAACUCUGAGGAGCCAGCUCUGCUGCGAAGCAAGGCUGGCAUGAGACGGUUGCUUCGUCACCAGAAACAAGCAAGCAUCGAGGCCAGCAAGAUCCAAGAGCCUAAUUCACAGGCCAUGGAGCCUGAGGCUGCUGGCGAGUCGCUCGCUGAAGGUAUUGACGCGGAGGAAGACAAGAUGAUCCCUUCCUACUACGAUGUCAUGUCGGGUAUCCCCAACCUUCCUGAUCAGUUACUUUGGAGAGAAGAUGCGCAGGGUAAUGUCGUAGAUGCCUCUGAGCAGUUCCUCACGAUCCUACCCAAGGGCUCUUUCACGCAACCAGACAGCAAGCUGUCUCGAAAGAUGGACUCCAAUAUGCGGCAGAUGCAGGAAACUCGCAAAAUUUGCUCGAAAGUUGGCAUCGUGAAGCAGAUGCAACUUCAGUCUCAGAUGUAUCAAAAUCAAUUUCAAAAGUACAACCCCGAGCCUUUUGCUGAACAAGAUGUGGAACCUCAUGUCAUGAAUGACAAUGGCCCGGUGAUUGCUCCCUUCGUCUGUCGGGCAGCGCUGCAGCGUUCCGUCGCCAAGGUUUUCUAUCAUACUGGGUUUGAGGAGUAUCAGCCGUCCGCUCUGGAGGCCGUUACGGACAUUGCGUCCGACUUCUUCCUGAAGAUCGGCGAAACCAUCAAAUCCUACAUGGAAACUCCUCACAUUAGCGAGACCGAAUCCCACGAAGCUGCCACGUCAACAGCCGAAUGGAAGCCAGCCUACACACAGCAGGAGAUCAUCCUUCACACGCUGUCUUCUGUUGGAAUUCAGAUCGACGAAUUGGAGUCCUACAUCAAAGACGAGGUCGACCGUCUCGGGACAAAACUCAGCACCGCGCACGAUCGUCUCAAGUAUCUUCUCGCUGAGCUACUUCGACCAGCUCUUGCUGAUGGUGGCGAGGACGGGUCCAGGGCUUUUGCUGAUGGAAGUGAACAAUUUGUUGGCGGUGACUUCGCUGAGGAUAUCGACGAAGAUUUCUUCGGGUUCAAAGAGCUCGGGCUGGAUCGAGAAUUUGGGCUGGCCACACUCAGCGUACCACUGCAUCUUCUCCAGAACCGGAUGUUCAACGCAGCCAAUCCGCAAAGCACUAGCACGACCCGCGAUGUCGUUUUAUUCCCGUCGCCGCCUGCGUACACGCGCAUCACCGUCGAAAACCUGCCGGAGCAGAUCGGCCUAUUGCAGACGUUUUUCAAGGGCAAACUGGAAGCCAACGGCGACGAGCCUCUUACAGAAGACCUCGAGCUCCCGCCCAAGCAACGACCAAUGGCUGCUCGACCUCGUCUCCCAGCUUCUGGCAAGAUCCCUCCUUUGCCCGGCACCUCGGGCGCAAAUUCAAGUCCCCAGAAACGACAUGCUCCAUCAGGCACCACCGGUGCGGGCUCCUCGCUGAAGUUUGAACCGAGCAAGAAGAAGGCCAAGAAAAACAGUGGCGCUGCUGUCGACAUGCCCAAUGCCACCGAUGGAGAUGGUGACCAGACAUCUGCCGCAGAUGGUGCCAAGGGCAAGGCUGCGGAUGGCGCGGCUAAUUCCUUGGGCAAGACCGGUGACAUGCCUGACGGCGUGGAUGCAAACGAACAAGAUCAAUCAAACCCCCCCCAUGGCAAAUGGUGA